ACACACACACACACACACACACACACACCGUCAGAGGGAGGGGGAAAAGGCGGAUCUGCUGGUAGGCUUCAGGACUUCCUCAGCAGAGCAGAGCUGAGCGGCGCGGAGCGGAGCCUGCAGCGCAAUCAUGGAUGAUUCUGCUCCACGUCUUCGUCGCUCCAUGUUUGCGGGGCUGGUGGGAGCGUCACAGGUGCUGGGUCUGACGGUGGUGGUGCUGACUGGCGUGUGGAUGGGUCACUACCGCGGGGGCUUUGCAUGGGACGGCUCAGCUCAGGAGUUCAACCUGCACCCUCUUUGUAUGGUGCUGGGGCUGGUCUUCCUGCAGGGCGACGCCAUCCUGGUCUACAGAAUAUUUCGAAAUGAGGCAAAGAAGAACAUAAAGCUGCUUCAUGGCAUGAUUCACCUGCUCGCCCUCGUCAUCAGUAUCGUAGGCUUUGUAGCUGUGUUUGACUUCCACAGAGAAGCAAAGAUUCCUAACAUGUACUCACUACACAGCUGGUGCGGCAUGGCAACCUUAGUCUUAUUCUGCACACAGUGGUUGAUGGGUUUGCUGUUCUUCCUGUUUCCCGUUGCGUCGUCAUGGUUACGAGCCUCAUAUCUUCCGAUCCAUGUAUUCUGUGGUCUGGUUCUGCUGGUUAUGGCCAUUGGGAGCUGCCUGCUUGGGAUCACGGAGAAACUCCUCUUCAGCAUCACGAAAACUUACUCUACGUUCACCCCAGAAGGCGUGUUGGCCAACGUCUUGGGGAUCCUGCUGGUAUGUUUUGGUGUGCUGUUGGGCUACCUGAUCACCAAGGAGGAGUACAGACGUCCACCAAACCCAGAGGAAGAGUCUCUGUCUGUCCACUUCAAGACCCUGACUGAGGGGGGCUCACCCACCACGCCCUAUCCUCAGUGAGACAUCUGACACCCCCCCUCGUCCGGACGCAGUGUCCUUCCAACUGAUUAGCUGUGCUACAAGAUUUUAUUAAGAUCUAGUUACAAAGCCAUCAGCUUAAACAAAAAUGGACAUGAAAGUCCAGAAAAGUCCAGAAAACAAUGGACAGGCGUCUUUAAUCAACACUGUUCACCCUGAAUGAUUUACUUGCGUUUUAUUUGAAUAAUUAACAGAAGAAGCAUAGUGAGUGGAGUAAAAGGAAAAUAGUAUUACCCCCUCCUGGUUGUGUACAAGCGGGAACACAACAUAUUUGUUUUCUACUUGAAUCUGUCCUUUUAUCUGAUGUCUCACAGUAUCAGUACAUUUACCAGAUCCAAGUGGCAAGACACCCAAUCAGUAUCGUUUGUUCAUGAAACGUGACACACAAACAAAAUGCGCGCCAUUUGUCCAUUAGUAAGCUGUAAGCUGUUAGUGUUUAUUCAGAUGUAUGUUAUUAGAGUUUGGUUACUUUACCUAAAGCUGUUAAAUAUGUCUUUGAAUGUGCUUAACCAGUUCAAUAACUUUUCUUGGCUUGACCUCUCAGCACUAGUGCCUAAUACAAAGCUCUUACCGAUUGCUGUUUGUCUGACAGUGUCAUCUUUUAAAGGGAAGUCUUAAUAUCAUCGAGACAACCUAAAAUAAAUAAAAAUGUGUGAAGCAUCAGUUGGUCCAGUUGUUUAUUAGAUUUAAACCCGUUACAAUUCUAGCUGUUAAAGCGACGAUGAGUUGACUGUACAGACGUUAGCUGUGAAAGCUAGCUUGUGACGCGUGUGUCAGUGUGUUUGAGAUCUACUCAGCACGGGAUCAACACAUUUUACACUCAAGUUGAAACAUUUUCUGUGGUCAUGUGUUAAUUAGUGCUGUCCUGGGCUUAUACUGUGUCUAAAUGCAUCUUUUCGCUGUGUUUGCAGUCACGCUGCUUCUAAAUAGUUUUGCGCUCUUUCUAAACACAUUAAAAGAGCUGAUUGUGUACAACUACUUACUUUCGAUAUUUCUGAUAAUUCGUACUUUCACUUAAAUAAUUUUUUUAAAUGUGUGACUUGAGUCCAGAAUUUUUACACUGUGGCACUGCUUUGACUUAAAUAAAUAACCCCAUACUUCCUGUACCAUUG